UAAUUUUUCGUCUUUCAGAUGGAAGUGGAAUCAUUGGUUCUAGAUGUUCCUGACUUGCAACAUGUCGCAACUGUUCUGGAUGCGGGGUUGAAACAGCAUUUCAAGAAUUCGUCUGUGAGGGUGGUCGAUUGCCCGGAUUUAACUGCGGAACCUUUUUGCCUUGCUGCACCUGGUCUGUGCGGCAAUCCGAGGAUUGUGGAUGUCGGUGGUGUUAAAAACUUGACGCCCUUGCCGAACAAGACCGUGUUCUAUGAUUUCGGAAGUAUUGCACAAUUGAUGCCGGAAGUGAAUUCUCCUCUCAUGAUCGGUGCUGGGGCCGGGCCGCAUGACUAUGUUGGAGUCAAUUGCGAGAUGGUAUCGAAUUUGAAGUUGGGGGAUGACGGCCUGUCAAAUCAGUCCCGUGUGUCUUACGUGGGGGAGCAAGGAAAUGUUGUCGUGAAAGAAUUGCCGGAUUCUCAGGCCAGGUGUGCAUUGAUGAUGAAUCUCCUGGUGUCUGAGGGAAAGCCAGGGAAGGUGUUGGAGGUGGUUGCGGAAACGCGGAUUUCAGAGAUGAACUUCGUGACGGCUCUGAGGCAGAUCUUGGCCGCCGAGUUUGGUUCACAGCCAGUGGCUGUCGGAGGAGUAUUUCUUUUGGAGUCGGGUACAGCGUGGUGCCAUGUGAUGCCUGGGUUCUCUGACACUCCUUUGUGUAGUGAUGCAGAAGUGGAUGAGUGGCUCCGGUACUACGAGAUGCAUGCGCCGCUUUUGUUCUGCUCCGUUUUCGUCUCACACGACCCGGGUCUCGAUCUGAGGAUGGAGCAUUCUCAUGGAUUUGGACCAGACGGACUUGGACACUACCACUAUGACACGACGCCAGAAUCCGUGAAAUAUCGCGGUUAUUUCACCGUGGGCGAGCAGAUCGUUCGUGCGGACAAGCCCUGA